UAUUUUAACAUAAAAAUUUGGAAAUAUUGUGAAAGAGCAAACAGAAAGAAAAAAAAUGAAAAUGAAAAAGAAGCCAUAAAGUUUUGCAACGAACCCUACCUCCUAUGUUGUAUUGUGGUGUUUGUUUUUUCUACUCCUCUUUUAAAGUAAAUCACUUCAUUUAUCUCUCUACUUUCUUCUUCUCCUUCUGCUCUUUGUUGUUUUGCUUUUUGUAUGUGUUGAGAUUCAAUCGAUGGCUUCAAGUGCUUCAAAGUUCAUAAAAUGCGUGACUGUUGGAGAUGGCGCCGUUGGUAAAACAUGUAUGCUCAUCUGCUACACCAGCAACAAAUUCCCUACUGACUACAUACCAACAGUUUUCGACAACUUUAGUGCAAACGUUGUAGUUGAAGGCACCACUGUUAAUCUAGGACUAUGGGACACUGCUGGGCAAGAAGACUAUAAUAGAUUAAGGCCUUUAAGUUACAGAGGAGCAGAUGUUUUCGUCUUGUCUUUCUCAUUGGUCAGCCGAGCUAGCUACGAGAAUGUCUUUAAAAAGUGGAUCCCUGAACUCCAGCACUUUGCCCCAGGUGUUCCAUUAGUCCUUGUUGGUACCAAAUUAGAUCUCCGCGAAGAUAGGCACUAUUUGGCUGACCAUCCUGGACUAUCUCCUGUAACCACUGCACAGGGAGAGGAACUGCGUAAGCUAAUUGGCGCUACAUAUUACAUUGAAUGCAGCUCAAAAACUCAACAGAACGUGAAAGCAGUUUUUGAUUCUGCAAUCAAGGAAGUGAUCAAACCUGUGGUUAAACAAAAGGAGAAGACUAAGAAAAAGAAGAAGCAAAAGUCAACACAUGGGUGUUUAUCCAUUCUCUGUGGGAGGAUGGUGACUCGGCAUUGAUGAUGAUGAUCUUACAUUUCACUUUUGAGUUUGUGUGAUAAAUGAGAGACAUAUAUAUAUAGAUGAGGUAAUAGAAGAAAGAUUAUUAGCCUCUAAUCAAUCAAAUAGUUUACAUUGAAGAGAGAAAGAGUCAGAGAGCUUACUAUUAUUAACUCAAUUAUGUUUAUUUGUUUCAAUCCUGUUAUUGCAAUAUAUUAGUCAUUUUCUUGU